UUCGGCCAGCCUCCUUCCCGUAGCGCGUAUGUAUGUGCGCGGUAGCGGCUGGAACACACGGAGACAGUUCAGGCACCAGGCAAUCAAUGCUAGGAGGUCUGCACAGGAUUACAAUAAAUGCAGCAUUUGUUACAUCACUUCGUGGUUUAUUUAGUUUCAACAAUAUAUCGCACAUUAUGUGCAUUUCGUCUGUAAUGUGCGUAAAGACUGUAUUUUCUUAGUAUGUAAAAACACGUCUAGAAAAACUUAUGUGCCAUGAAGUUGACGGUCGUCGUGCUGCAUGCAGCGUUCUCGAUCGCUGUCGCCACCAUUGCAGGUCCUGAUGAGUUUGUCUCCAUUGCGAAGAUGGAGGACGCCCUCCUGACGAAUCUGUUCAAGGGGUAUCAGAAGUGGGUCCGACCCAUUCAGCGCGCCAACGACACCAUCACCGUGCGCUUCGGGCUGAAGAUAUCCCAGCUGGUGGACGUGGAUGAGAAGAACCAGCUGAUGACAACCAAUGUGUGGCUCUGGCAGGAGUGGAUCGAUUAUAAACUUCGCUGGAAACCAGAGCAAUACGGUGGGAUCACCUCCAUCCGAGUUCCGUCUGAAAACAUCUGGCUGCCAGAUAUCGUCUUAUAUGAGAAUGCGGAUGGACGCUUCGAGGGCUCUAUCAUGACUAAGGCCAUAGUCAAGUCCAACGGCACCAUCACGUGGACCCCGCCGGCCAGCUACAAGUCCGCCUGCACCAUGGACGUGACCUUCUUCCCCUUCGACCGGCAGAACUGCUCCAUGAAGUUCGGGUCCUGGACCUACGACGGCAACAUGGUGGACCUGGUCCUGGUGGACGACCACGUGGACCGCAAGGACUUCUUCGACAACGGCGAGUGGGAGAUCCUGAACGCCACGGGCGCCAGGGGCAACCGCCGGGACGGGCUCUACUCCUACCCCUUCGUCACCUACUCCUUCAUCCUCAAGCGGCUGCCCCUCUUCUACACCCUCUUCCUCAUCAUCCCCUGCCUGGGGCUAUCCUUCCUGACCGUGCUGGUCUUCUACCUCCCCUCCGACGAGGGCGAGAAGCUGUCCCUCUCCACCUCCGUCCUGGUGUCCCUCACCGUCUUCCUGCUGGUCAUCGAGGAGAUCAUCCCCUCCUCGUCCAAGGUCAUCCCGCUCAUCGGCGAGUACCUGCUCUUCAUCAUGAUCUUCGUCACGCUCUCCAUCAUCGUCACCGUCUUCGUCAUCAACGUGCACCACCGCUCCUCGGCCACCUACCACCCCAUGUCGCCCUGGGUCAAGAGCCUGUUCCUGCAGCGGCUGCCGCGGCUGCUCUGCAUGCGCGGUCACGCCGACCGCUACCGCUGCCCCGAGGUGGAGUCGAGCAGCCCCGAGCCGAAGCCCCGGAGCCAGACCCCGCAGCAGCAGCAGCAGAAGGCCCCGGGGGCCAAGGAGGAUGAGAGCCUGGCCUGGACGGCCAUGCUGGAGAAGGCCACCGACUCGGUCCGCUACAUUUCCAGCCAUAUCAAGAAAGAGCACUUCAUCCGGGAGGUGGUGCAGGACUGGAAGUUUGUGGCCCAGGUGCUGGACCGUAUCUUCCUGUGGGCCUUUCUCACUGCGUCCGUGUUGGGCACCAUCCUCAUCUUCACCCCUGCCUUGCAGAUGUAUCUGAGCACCCCUCCCUGAGGCGUGCGGCCCCCCCACCCCACCCGCCUUUGCCGACCCAAACUCUCCAGGAACCCUGCCCGCACGUCGUCAUUACGUGCGAUGCCAGCGUAGACGUAGAGAGAUAAGCUCCUGAUUAGUUGUCUUUGUCAAGCUCAGACAUCAGGGGGAUGAUGCAUUACACUAUUGCAGAUUCUAGAUGGAAAUGAAGAUGUACUUUUUCCAAUUUCUUUGUCCGGGAGUGAAGUAUAGUUACGUUGGUCACAGCAGAGAUGGGUGGUGCCUGUUCACAUAUGAAGGACUACAGUCUUUUAGAUUUUUGAGAAGCUUGGUGAAACAUAACUUGAUUCGAUGGUCAAUUUAUAAUGACUUAAAGCUUAUUAUUUUUCAAGAGAACAAUCUGAUCUUGCUGUAAGUAAAAGAGGUUUCACUCACCCGCCAUUCAACUGAGUCAAACCUGGAGUGCCUGGCAAAGUGGGACAUUCUCUAGAUAUGGAAGCCCAUAUUUGACAGCAAAGCAAAGCCUAUAGGAUUGGAAGGGGUCCUUCAUUUAAAAGAACACUACAGAAAUAUGACUGGGCGGAUCACAGUGCAAGUUUUGUAACAUUGUUCUGUUACACAGUAGAACAACAUUAUUCUCACAAAGCAUAUUUUCAGUUUGAACUCAUAUCUGCAUGUCACAAUAAAACAUAAUUAAUCAGUGA